AUAUUAGUCUGGGCCGCAGGGGCGGCGGAGAGUGGGAGCCGUCGCGGCCUUCGCCGGGCGCCCCCGGGGCCGGGAAGCGGCCCCCCAGCAUGGAGCCGCAGGUCAACCUGAGGGUGACAUUUAGGAACGAGACCCAGAGCUUCCUGGUUUCCGAUUCGUCCCAUACGACCUGGGCCGACGUGGAGGCCAUGGUGAGAGUUUCCUUUGACCUGGACGCCGUUCAGAUCAAAUACCUGGACGAGGACUGCGAAGAGGUCUCCAUCAACAGCCAAGGAGAGUAUGAAGAGUCCCUUAAGAUAGCCAUCCACCAAGGGAACCAACUUCAGAUGAAUGUCUACGAGAAGCAGCGGGCGGGCGGUGCCCUCACAGGAGCCCACAGGCCAAGGGAUCAGGCCGCUCCCUGUCCCGGGAGGAAGCCGCUCGGGCACUAUUCAACACUGGCACGGGCGAUGGACCCGGACAGGAGGCGGCAGGAGGAGGUGGUGGAGACAGCUGAAGUGGAGCCAGAGGAGAAGAAGGAGCGGCAGCAGCGGUGGCAGCCGGGAGCACAGGCUGGGCUACUGGCCGGGACCUCCGCCGGACUGCAGGAAAGUCCUCCGGACUGGUUCACCAGCUACUUGGAGGCAUUCCGGAAGCAGGUGGUCAAGGAGACGGUUGAGAAGCUGGAUCAGAAGCUGAAUGAGAAGCUGAGCCUGCAGAGCCUCCCAGCCAGCCCGCUCUCUGUCCCUGAGGAGGCCCCGUCAGUGCUUCCGGGCCCCCGUGCCAACCCAUGCCACUGGGGCAUCCAGUGCAGUGGCUGUGGGGCCAGCCUGGUGGGCGUGCGCUACCAGUGUAGCCUGUGCCCAUCCUAUAACAUCUGUGAAUUGUGCGAAGCCGGACCCUACGGCCACGAUCCCAACCACGUCCUCCUGAAGCUACGGCGACCACCGUCAAGGGGUGCCGGAGGGCCGUCCCCCACCUCCCCGCCCCACCUCCUCGCCCCCCCAGAACCACCGCGGCCCCCAAAGGCAGCCGACCGCAGCUCACGGAAGGCCGAGAAGCGGCGUCUCCGGGCGGAGAAGAAGCAGCGAGAGGCGGAGGUCAAGGAGCUGCGGAAGCAGCUGAAACUGCAUCGCAAGAUUCACCUGUGGAGCUCGGGCUCUGGCCUGCCUGGACCCGGGGCCCUGCUGACCAAGAUGGACUACCUGCCUCCUGCCGGCCCCAUCCUGGUCCCUCUGCAGUCAUGCCCGGCAGUGGGGCCGACGCUAAGCGCGGUGUUCGUGGAUGAGAAUCUGCCGGAUGGCACCCACCUGCAGCCCGGGACCAAGUUCGUUAAACACUGGCGGAUGGAGAACACCGGGAGCAUCCAGUGGAGCGCGGACACCAAGCUGACGCUCCUGUGGGGGAACCUGAGAUUGGCGGGCUCGGAGCUGAAGGAGGUGGCGGUGCCCUGCCUGCGGAGCGGGCACGUGGGCAUCGUGUCCGUGGAGUUUGUCGCCCCAGGUCUGGAGGGCACGUACACGUCACACUGGCGCCUGGCCCAUCGCGGGCAGCAGUUUGGGCCCCGCGUCUGGUGCAGCGUCAUCGUGGACCCCCGACAGCCGGAGGAGGCUGUGGACCCCAUUGGGUGCGGCCAGGGUAGCAGCCAAGCAGGACAGCCGGCGGAUGCGGCGUCGCCGAGGGGCACUAGUGACCGGGAGCUGUACAUUCCCUCCGUCGACCUCCUCACCGCCCAGGACUUGCUGUCCUUCGAGCUGCUGGACAUCAACAUUGUGCAGGAGCUGGAGCGGGUACCCCACAACACACCCGAGGACACGACUCCUUGCCUGUCUCCGCUGCCACACAGCAGCCUGGCAGUUGGGCAGCCAGGCCAGGGGCAGCCCCUGGAAACGAGUGGAGGGGCGGCGCUUAGCGCCCGACCAGAGCCUGAAGAAUCCCAGGAAGGCCUUGGGAGCCCCCCACCCUUGGAGGAGGUGGAGGAGGACUUGAGUGGGAGCCAGUUUGUGUGUGAGACCGUGAUCCGCUCCCUCACUCUAGACGCCGCCCCAGACCACAGCCCGCCCCUCAGGAGCAGGCUGCUGGCCACUUCCCUCCAGCUGCUGCCCGAAGGCAUUGACCCCAACAUUCAGAGGGAAGACGACACUUACACAACCUCCUGGCCUCCAGUCAAAACGGGAGAGAGAUCUGCUCCUCCUGCAGAGGGGCCAUCCGGGGAGGCUGCGGCCCAGGAUGGGGCUGGGGAGGAGCUGGAGGAGGAGGGUGACGAUGAGGAGGACCUCACGGAUGUGAGAAGCCAAGGGUCCUCAGACUCCACCGACGAUUACAUCAUCGUCCUGCCUGAGUGUUUUGACACCAGCCGCCCCCUGGGCAAGUCGGCCGGUGUCCCCAGCGUGUCGCCCCAGACUGGGCCCACUGGAGAGGCCGCUGGGCCCACCCCAGAGGCCGCUGGGCCCACUGGAGAGGCUGCUGGGCCCACUGGAGAGGCUGCUGGGCCCACCCUAGAGGCCGCUGGGCCCUGGGAGACUUCGUCGUCGUCGUCACUGCUGCCGUGUCCCGAAGUAGAGCACCAGCUUCAGGAGCCCAGCAUUGGUGACAGCUCGGCCAGAUUGGGGCCUCCGGGGCCUGAACCGUCGCCACCUCCGCCCAGGAGUCCCCCUCCCCCUCAGAGCCCCACGGCUUGCGUGGACACUGUCAGCGAUCACAGCAGCGAUGCCGAUGCCAACACUACAACCGACGCGGGCACCUCGACUCUUCGAGGGGAAGAACACAGCGGGGCAGACUCCUGCAGCCCCGAGGAGGCCUGGCAGAUGCACCCUGACCAACUGAGGCCCCAACCUGAGAGGAGCCUGGCCGGCGGACUGGUCAAGGGGGCACUGUCCGUGGCCGCCUCAGCCUACAAAGCCCUGUUCGCUGGUCUGCCCCUCCCUGUGCAGCCCCCUGUGAGCGAGGAGCAGACGGCCGUGCUCCUGGCCCACCUGUUCGAGAUGGGCUUCUGUGACCGGCAGCUGAACCUACGCCUGCUGAGGAAACACAACUACAGGCUCGCGCCGGCCGUGACCGACCUGCUGCAGGCCAACCACAACGACUGGGCCGGACAACGUUUCUGAGCACCCUGGCCCCAGCUGUGGUGGCCCGCCCCAUGGUUUCUCCCCAUUCCCGAAUGUCGCAUUAAAUAACUCAGCCCGCUGCGUGAUGACUUGA